GAUGUCUCAAGCCAAGCUGCAGCACUCUUAGAAGCGUAACAUGAAAGAUGCGGGGACACGGUUGCAUCUUCCUGCUCAUGAUGGCUGUUGCCAUCCCUGUUACAUUGUCUUUCACCAUUGAUGUAACAAAUCCCAGUAUCUAUAAUGGUAGCCAAAACGAUUUCUUUGGAUACAAAGUGCUUCAAUUCAUUUCUGGCACAAACAAAGGAAUAAUUGUCACCGCACCUCUGAAACUAAAUGGAUCUGGGGAAGUAUGCAAACUUAACCAAAGCCAAGCGCUGCAGUGUGGCAACCUCAAAGAUGAUUCUCUCUCAAACAAAAAUAUAUCAGUCAAGCACCUUGGCCUGGCGAUAGCUGCAAACUCCACAGGCACCCAGUUCAUUGUUUGCAGUCCAAACGUACCUCAUGAAUGUAAUGAGAACUCCUAUCUGAACAGUGUGUGCUACAAGAUAACAGAUAAUCUUCAGCAAGUCUCCUCUGUCAAACCUGCUUUCCAAGAAUGCACAAAAAAGACAGUGGACCUUGUCUUUCUUUUUGAUGGAUCAGAAAGUAUGAAAGAAACAGAAUUCAACAAAAAUAAAGAGUUCAUACAAGAUAUUAUGAAGAGCCUUAAGAACACAUCGAUCAAGUUUGCAGCAGUCCAGUUCUCCACAAAUCACAGAAAAGUUUUUGACUUCAGUGACUAUCAAGCUGGUCGUGCUCUUAAUAAACUUCAGAGCGAAAAACACAUGAGGGGUCUCACCAACACACAUAAAGCCCUCAAAUAUGUGUUGGAAAAGAUCUUUGAAGACCCAAACACAGGCACCUCUUCUGAUGCAACUAAGGUUGUGGUAAUAAUCACUGAUGGAAAUCCCAGUGAUUCGAACAAAGGAAAUAUAAUUGAAAAAUAUCAAGCAAAAAACAUCAUUCGUUUUGUUAUUGGGGUCAACGUUGCAAACCUGGACAAAUUUACAGACAUAGCUUCAAAACCAACAGACAAAUAUGCCUUCAAAAUUGAGAAUUAUGACGGCCUCACAGGAAUACUGGAAAACUUUCAGAAAAAGAUCUUUUCAAUUGAAGGCUCUAAAGUGGCUCGUGCAGGAGACAUGACUACUGAAAUGUCUCAGAGUGGAUUCAGUGCUGUCGUCUACAAAGAUACCUUGAUCCUGGGUUCAGUGGGAUCAAACCGCUGGCGUGGAUCUCUUCAAGAGCUUCAUGGAGAUAAAGAAUCACAAAUUGAAGAUCCAGAUAUGGAGGUGGACUCCUACAUGGGAUACUCUGUUUCUGUUGGACACAAGACUAACACUGCCCUGUAUUUCACGGGUGCGCCAAGACUUAACCACACAGGUCAGGUCAUACUUUUCAGACAUAAUGGCACGAAAUGGACUCCAGUCCAAAGAAUAAAUGGGGAACAGAUUGGUUCCUACUUUGGUGCAGAGCUGUGCUCAGUAGACAUCGACUCCAACGGUAACACCGAUUUUCUGAUUGUGGGAGCGCCACAGUUUUACCACGCUCAGGAAAAAAGAGAAGGCCGGAUGUACAUCUACACACUGACUGAUGAGAUGCAACUGAAAAGUGAACUGAAUGUGACGGCACCCUCCAUGAGUAGAUUUGGCACCACCAUAUCCAGUCUUGCAGAUCUGAAUGGAGAUGGACUUCGAGACGUUGCUGUUGGAGCCCCUCUUGAAGAUGAUAACAGAGGUGCUGUGUACAUCUACCUCGGUGACAGACGUAGGGGGGUACGCAGCACGUUCAGCCAGAGACUCAUGGGACAGAAAAUUGAACCUGGGAUGAGAUUCUUUGGACAGGCCAUUGAUGGGAACAUUGACCUUGGAGAAGACGGUCUCCCAGAUAUUGUGAUUGGAUCAAAGGGCGCAGCUGUUGUCUUAAGGUCCAGGCCAGUCUUUAAUGUCACGGCAGAUCUAUUUUUCCAACCUAAGGAGAUAAGCACAGAGAAAUUGGACUGUGUGGACAACUCCGAUGAAAAUUUACUUAUGGUUGACUUAACAGCCUGUUUUGAUAUGGUAGAAGCAACACGGAGCAAAGGAGAGAGCUCCGGACUAAACAUCUCCUGCAUGCUUGAUGUGGAUCCAGUGAGACAAACAUAUCGAGGUUUCUUCAGUCAACAUGAUAGAAAAGCUAGAAGUAACACAACUAUCUACGAGCUGAAGAAUAACCACACCUGCUUCCUCUACUCCAUCUACAUGCCAAAAUGUGUGAAGGACACAUUAUCACCCAUCACCAUCAAAUUAAACUUUUCUCAAGCUGACAGUGAGAAAGCGAGUGCUGUCCUGAAUGUGGACAGCAAGCGGCAGGCUGUUGUUGAGGUUCCCUUUGAAAAGCACUGUAGACAAAAUGACACCUGUAUUGCUGAACUUGAGGUGGAUUUCAGCUUCAUGACCCCAACAUUACUGGUGGCAGAAGAUAAUUACUUCAACGUGUCUGUAAAACUGGUCAACCAUGGUGAUGACUCGUACAACACCAGUCUUACAAUGGACUAUCCCCCAGGCCUCUCCUUCUCUAUGAUGACUCUUACUAAAGCGACAAAACCGACACUCCACAACUGUGGUGAUCUACAUGGAGUGCUCAACAAAACUAUAUGUGGUGUCAGCCUACCGGUGUACCGCAGCGGAUCGACUGCAACAUUUAAAACUUCUUUCUACAUCAUGAAUGAUUAUGAAUGGGAUGACACAAUCUCCAUGACGAUUACUGGAAAAAGUGAUAACACAAACUCCACCAGGACCAAUUCCUUGACGAAAAGCAUCCCAGUACAAUUUGAAAUUAAAAUGGCAAUAACAGUGAGAAAAGACACCAUCACCUAUCUGAACUUCACAACAGAAGAUACGGCACCUAAAGAAGUGAAGAUUAUAUAUAAUAUAGCUAAUCCUGGUUUCAAGGCUUUUCCUGUCAGCGUGUCCCUGUCCUUCCCAACUAAAAUGGAACAUAACUUUGAAAUCAAUCAAGUCUUUAUCCAGCAGAGCGAGAUUCAGUGCAACCGCAGUGACAUCAAAUCAGAAUACUGCUCAGGAGAAAAUGACUGCAAAGUCAUAACAUGUGACACGUUCAUCCUGGACAAAGAGUCAUCCACUGUGGUUGUACUGUCAGGAAAGGUACAGUUUAAGGAUCACAAGGAACAUGCAGCGAAUAUUGCCUUUCUGAAACGAUACACCGGAGACAGCACAGAGGUUAAAUUUAAGAGUUUUAUACAUGUUAGCUAUAACAAGACACGAUACAUGCUGGAUUCUCAUAAACAAGUGAAUAAAGGUGGUUUUACAAAGAGGUCUCAUGAAACUGCCCUGGGGAAAGACAGCGAUCCAACAGUGAAAUGGGUUGAAGUUCGGGUUGAGUUCAUAAUUCCUGCGGAUGAAUUGCUGAUCAUUUUAACCGGAGCCGGUAUAGGACUGUUGCUGCUGAUCAUAAUCACAGUCAUCAUGAUUAAGCUGGGCUGCUUCAAGAGGAAAAAGCUUGCUUAUUAUCAGGAAGUGGAGGACGAACCUGCUCUUCAGGCUGAUGUGUUUGCCUCUGCUCUAACGAAAGAGGUAGUUGACCAAUCAGAGACUGAUGGCAAAUCUGAUCAACCUGCAGAGAAAAACAAGCUUCUUGAUGAUGGUGAGAAAAACAGCAGCACCUCGCCAGAUGAUGCAGAGGAGGAACUGGAUUUAAGUUAACUAUUAACAAAUUUACCUCUGUCAAAAUGAGGUGACAUGCGCUAUAAAGUACACAUCAUGGACAGAGUAAUGUCACUAAAGCAUUUAGAGAUGUAUCUUUAGACAUUAGAGUCCUACUCAGAAAAGCAGAGGGCCUGUCAAGAGCCUCAUAUCUUUUUUCCUCAAUUAAUGUCACCAAACAGAAGACAUCUUGCUUAGAAAGACUUUUUUGAUUUCAUUUGGAAAAAUAAACCACACAAGGUUAAAAAGGAAAUUAUGUGUUUACCUCUUACAGGAGGAAGGCUCAGUGUUCUAGAUUUUUCUUCAUUUAACCAUAUUAUAAAAAUCUACUGGAUCUAAAGAUUUCUAAAAAAACCCAGAUAGCAUGUGGAAUAUCAUCCCAAAUUUCCUAUUUAAAAAAAGGCUGGUGGUCUUGGUGGUCUAUGGUGGUCAAAUUUGAUUUGAUUUAUUUAUUCUUUCAAACAUGUAACAACAGUCAGUAUGUAACCACACAUAA